CAUACAUACACUACGUGUACAACACGGUAGAGGAGAGAGGAGAAGCCGAAGAGGGUUUUUGGCUGCCGAGAGGAGCGAAGAGGCGGUAUAAGGCUACUACUGCGCCGCCCCGAGCUUUCCCUUCUCCUAACGGGCGAGAGAAGAAAAAGGAACAGGAGAAGGGUCCGUCGGAAGGAAGGAGAGGAUGAGCGGCGGCGGCGGUGGAGGAGGGCCUGGGAGCAAGGGGAACGGAGCGGCGUCGGCUGCCCCGAUCCCGGCGGGGUCCAGGAAGCUGGUGCAGAGCCUGAAGGAGAUCGUGAACUGCUCGGAAACGGAGAUCUACGCCAUGCUUCGGGAGUGUAACAUGGACCCUAACGAGGCCGUCCACCGACUCCUCUCGCAAGAUGCUUUUCAUGAGGUGAGGAGCAAGCGUGAUAAGAAAAAGGAGAUCAGAGAACCUCCAGAAUCCAGGUCUAGAACAGUGAACAACAGUUCAAGCCGUGGAGCUAGGGGCAGUGCUGAUCGUGGGGGCCGUAGUACUUCCCAAUCUAGUUCUGCUGUAGACUAUGGGGCUAGUAAAGGCAAGCUUAUACACAAGAAUGAAAAUGGUAUGAGUGCUGUUCUUUUUACAGCAUCAGUUCUGGAAUCUUCGAUGAUAUCGAGUAAUCUUCCUCAAAAGCCAACAGCUCCAAGCAAUUCUGCUUCUAUGGGAGAUACAAUACAGGCAGCAAACAUUGGUGAUGGAAUAUCUACGUUGGUGCAAUCUUCAUCUGGCUUCCAAAAUAGUUGGUUGGGGAAGCCAGGACACCUUUCUAUGGCUGAUAUUGUCAAGAUGGGUAGACCUCAAGGCAAACCUUCUGGCAUUCCUGUAGUGGCAAGUGAAAGAUCUGAUAUGGCACAAAAGGAAGCCAAGCAAUCCUCAACAGCAGUUCUGCCAUCAGAGGCAGACAAGUUAACGGAUUCCUUUCAAGAAUCCACUCAAGUUUCUGAGUUUAGUUAUGAUAUUGGAAUUGCCGAAGGUCAGCAAAUUUCUUAUGAUGGAUGGCCCCUUGAUGAGCAACCUACAGAGAGUGGGUCAACUCCACCAGAAAUAUCUGGUGCUUCUCCUGUUUAUGCAAACUCCUCAGAGUUGGCUUCAUCUAUUGAUGGAAAUAACUCUCAUAUAGGUUCUCAUUCAGAAGAGACCCAAGUGCCAGUGGAAGGUCAUCAUGAUAAAACUCUACCAGCAGAUUCCAGACCCAUAUCAAUCUCCUCCGACAUGCAGAUACUAGUUGACAAUUCUGCUGAUGCUGAUGCUUACCAUUUGAAUGAAGGCUUAUUAAAAAGUACAAAUUCCUACAAUUCUCGAAGGCUUGAACUUGAUCAUCAUGAAGGUUCUUUCCCAGCUGGUGAUAGUGUGGAUCUUUCAUCAGCUGCUGUAAACUUGGGGCAACUGAGUUUGCAUGAGGAGACUAGAACAGAACCUACUGUGGUUAGUCCUGCAGUAAUAAUUCCUGACCAUCUGCGGGUUACGAAUGCAGAUUGUGCACAUCUAAGCUUUGGUAGUUUUGUAUCCGGUGCAUUUUCUGGAUCUUUUCCAUCAAAGCAAUUAAAAAGCAACUUGGAAGUGGCUCCAGUCAUGAGUGAUGCUUCUUCAACAGACAAUUCUGACAUGAGAAAUCAUGAGUACUACAGUGACGAGCAGCUUAAUCCUACACUAAUUGAGAAUAUAGCUUCUAGAUCAAGCACUGGUUCAGAGAAUCUUGAUGUGCCUUCUGCAUCACAAACUGAAGUUGUGAAGAAUGAUCCAUUGGAUGCUACACAUGAGAUUCAGUACAACCUUCCAUCUGUUUCUAAUUAUGCAUUUCCGAGCUCUACACAACCAAAUGCUACAUCUUAUGCUUAUCCACAAGAAAAUUCACAAAUGCAGAGUCUUUCCCCUUUUCCAAGUUUAAUGCAACCCAAUAGCCUACAAAACAGUUUGUUAGCAGCAGGCAUUCCAUCUCUUCGAGAUUUUGAUAUGUCCUUGUCUCCCUUGCUCACUACGCAAUCAAUGCCUACAAGGCACAUUACAUCAUUGUCAUCCAUUGGUGGGCAAACCAUUUCCAUGUCUGAGGCUCUGAAUCCAGGGUUGUUUUCCAACCCUCAAUCAACUCCGCAAUCCUUGACGAGCACCACCAUGUUCACGAGCCCUGCACUCCAUCAACAUCUUCCUGUCCCUCAUUACUCUCAGCCUGCGCUUCCGUUGGGCCAUUUUGCCAAUAUGAUAAGCUACCCACCUUUUCUACCCCAGAGCUACACCUACUUGCCUUCAUUCCAACAAGCAUACACUGCAAACAGUCCAUUCCAUCAAUCUCCUGGUGCGGUGCCCGGUGCAGGCAUGAAGUAUUCACAGCCACAAUUUAAAAAUAGUCUGUCUGUGACUAGCCUACCUCAGGCUUCUGCCAUAGCCUCUGCUUAUGGAGGAUUAGGAAACUCUGCCAACAUUCCUGGGGGCUUUGCCCUAAACCACCAUACAAGUGGAUCUGCUAGCACAACAACCGGGUUCGAUGAAUCUUUAAGCUUGCAAAACAAAGAAGAGAGUCAUUACAUGCCUCCUCAACAGAGUGAGAACCCAAAUUUGUGGCUCCACAGUGCUGCUGGUUCGAGAGCAAUGCCGGCUCUUCCAGCAAGCACUUUCUACAACUAUCAGGGUCAGAGUCAGCAAAGCGGGUUUCGCCAGAGUCCGCAGGCUUCACACUUGGGAGCUUUAGGGUACCCAAACUUGUACCAUUCACCGGCAGGUCUGUCACGGGAACACCAACAAAACACUGGCGAAGGGAACUUGAAUGGACCUCCGACCACGCAGGCUCAUCCAGCAAACCAAAUCUGGCAACAUGGCUACUAAGCUGUUGCUGAUGACUCCCAGUUUGUGGGUCCUGGAGGAGUUUGCUUGCAGGUCUUCAUGGUUAGAACCCUUACAUACCCUAGCUGAAGCAUUCUAGACUCACCAACUAAAUGUAUCGCGGCUAAGCAGUUGUCGACUGGCUGCUAAUCUCAUUGGAUGAAGAGGGUCAUGCAUUCAUUCUAGGGGUUGAGUGUGUUUCAACUUUUGUAGUACGUGGAGUAAUUUAGACUUUGUUUCCUGUGAUAAAAACCCUUAACAUCUGCAGAUCUUCAAUGUAACAUUUGACCUUAGUCAUCUAACAAAAUGUGAUCUCUUAGGCCUACAGUUUGAUCUUUUUUAUUUCAAAAAA